CAACAACAACACCAACAACAACAUCAUAUCCCCGAAGCUGACCAACAAUGUCCGACAACGUCGGUCUCUCCACGCCGCGUGGUAGCGGUACCUCUGGCUAUGUCCAGCGUAACCUCGCCCACUUCCGCCCGCGCGACAACUACCAGUCCUACCCGCCCAAGGACUUUGACAGCCUAAAACACCAACCGCGCCAGCCAGACAAGGGCCUUCUCGAGCACGAUCGCAAGCGUGAAGUCGAAGUGAAGGUAUUCGAAUUGCGCGAUAAGUUGGAAGAAGAGGGCAUCGAAGAGGAUGAAAUCGAAACCCGUUGCGACGAACUUCGCCAGAAACUCCUCGCCGAAAUGGAGCGCAAUCAAAACAGUCGCGGUGCGCCCACCGGCCCCCGCAAGAACUUGAAGAUGCACCAGGUCCACGAACUAGCCGACGCCAAGAUCAAGGAGAGCGAGCGGUUGCGCCAGGCGCUGAAGAUUAGCCGGGACUACCAAGAGGGAAGCCACUGGAAAAAGCAGGAGGAGAGGCUGAAGGGUGCACUUGAGCGGGAAGCAAAUGGUGACAGCAGCAGCAUGCCGCCCCCGCCUGCACCAAGUGGGCCCUCUGGUGGCAAUGACCGUGGUGGCGAUCGUGACCGUGGUCGUGGUCGUGGUUUUGGUCGCAGGGAUAGGGACGAGGGCAGACUCAACUCUAGGGAGCGCCGCGCUCCUCCCAGGGAUUGGGACAGGCCGCCAACUCCGAGAGGAAGGGGUGGAAGAGGUGGAAGAGGAGGGAGGGAUAGGGAGGUUGACAGCUAUCGGGGCGCCGCUGGAAGGGACAGGAGCAGGAGCAGAAGCCCCAUCAGGGAGAGAAGUCGUACGAGAAGCCCAGUCAGGGAUACGGGCCGAUCCAGAAGUCCGGUGUCGGAGAGGAGCCUAAGCAGGAGCAGAAGCCGCAGCGGGAGCUACAGUCGGAGCCGGAGCCCACCCCGUAGAAGGGCUGCGGACAACCAGGAUCGCAGCCUGAGCCGGAGCAGGAGCAGGAGUUACAGCCGGUCUCCGGAUAGGGAUCGGUAUCGGGAGAAGUACAGGGAUCGGGACGACCGCGAUUAGCUUGGCGACUGAGAAAGAGUUUCGAUUGGGCUGGGCCAUUCACAAUUAAGCGAGAAGAAAAACGACAUGAGUCCGAAUCAAUUACACAAGGAAGCGUUCCAGGGCUCGCGGUGUCCACAUUAGGAGUCACGGCGUUUGAUUCGGAUGAGAACUUAAUAAAGGGCGAAUCGAAACCAAUUUCAGCUAGGGCAAAAGUUGGCAAAAGCAUCGGCGUUUAGGUAAAAUAUGAGGGCGCUGUCCCUGUGAAGACGAAUUAUUGUGUGUUAUCACUUAUUCAUUA